ACAAAACAUAUGAUUGAACUGACUGCCAUUUUGAGUGAGCUCCUUUAGUAUCGUCGAGGUGUUUUAAAAAUUAACAAUAAAAUUCCGCUAAGCUAUGUUAUUGCUAAUAACUGCUAAUUCGGGAGUGCAUUGAUCGAGAUAUUGAUAAUAUAUUUACACGGAUAACAUUAUUAAUAAACUCGUCAGUCAUAGUUUAACUAAUUCCAAGUGAUAAUUACCUUUAUAGUGUAACAAAGUACAAUGUCACGAUAUCCCGAUAAUGAUUCCUCGGCCGAUCGAGAUAGUGAAUUGGAUUUGAAUAUCUUGGAAGAGAUGCGAAUUCGCAAACGAAGACCAUGGAAUCCAGAUGGUUCGUUGGUGUCGGGUGAAAUAGACUUAUUGGACGAUGACGAUGUUAUUGAUGAAGAAGAAGAGGAUGGCAUUGGAGGAUGUCCAUUGCCCUCAACGCCCGAAGAUAAUCAACUGUUGGAGGCUGAGAUGACUGAAGUGCUUAAAGCUGGCGUAUUGUCAGAUGAAAUCGAUCUGGGAGCAUUGGCUCACAAUGCAGCCGAACAGGCGGAAGAGUUUGUUAGAAAAGUUUGGGAAGCAUCGUGGAAUGUGUGCCACUAUCGUCACCUGCCGAAAUGGUUACAAGACAAUAAUUUCUUACACCGUAACCAUCGGCCACCGUUACCAUCGUUCCGUGCAUGUUUCAAAUCAGUUUUCCGAAUUCACACAGAAACCGGUAACAUUUGGACACAUUUGCUAGGAUGCGUUGCCUUCAUCGGUGUUGCGUGCUAUUUUCUGUCACGACCAUCGAUCGAAAUUCAACUACAGGAAAAAAUAGUUUUCGGCGCCUUUUUCCUCGGCGCUAUUAUAUGCUUAGGAAUGUCAUUCGCUUUCCAUACGCUGUGCUGUCAUUCGGAAACUGUGGGAAAAUUAUUUUCUAAACUGGAUUAUUGUGGAAUUGCACUACUGAUCAUGGGUUCCUUUGUGCCGUGGCUUUAUUACGGUUUCUAUUGUCACUACGAGCAUAAGCUAAUAUAUCUUUCAGUGGUUGUUGUACUUGGAAUCGUUUCCAUCGUUGUAUCUCUGUGGGAUAAAUUUUCCGAACCGAACUUAAGACCCCUGCGAGCAGGCGCGUUCAUGAGCUUUGGUCUAUCCGGUGUUAUUCCAGCUAUACAUUACGGACUCAUGGAAGGAUGGUUUAGUAAAAUUAGUCAAGCUAGUCUAGGAUGGCUCGUGUUAAUGGGUCUGUUGUACAUACUAGGAGCGAUGUUCUAUGCUCUACGCGUUCCUGAAAGAUGGUUUCCGGGAAAGUUUGACUUGUGGUUUCAAUCUCAUCAAAUAUUCCACGUGCUUGUCAUAGCAGCAGCGUUCGUCCACUAUCACGGCAUCAGUGAAAUGGCAAUGUAUCGUGUUACAGUUGGUGAAUGCGAUGUACCACAUCCCGUUAUUGCCUUAUAAAAUUGUUCGGUUUUCAGUCAAAGCCACAGAAGAAAAUUUUUCCAGAUUCUUGUACUGAGAUGAAAUUUUGCAGGAAAGAAGACAAUUUUUUUUUGGUUUUUUUUUCUUCUAUUUCAGUUAUUUAAAUAAUUUUUUUUUGUUUAAAUUUUUUGUUAAUUUAAUUAACAUAAAGAAAACGUCUAUGAUGGAGACCUUACAAAAUGAACAACAUGAAAAUGAAUCAUUCUUUUUCUACCGCAUAAAUUUAAGUUUAACUAUUUAAAAAUACAAAAUUAAACAAAAAGCUAAUGUGUCGGAACUGAAAACUGAUUAUUGUUGAUACGAAAAAGAAAAGAAAACAAAAACAAACGAAAAUGGAUGAACAAUUUUUUUUUGAUUUCUAAAUUUUGUUUCUUUUCUAUUUGUAAUGUUAAUUUUCGAUAACAUCUAAAAGACAUUUAUAUAUCAUCAAAAUUCAACCAAAGAGUAUAUUGCACGGUAAAAGGGGUGUGUGGCAUGAUGUCGCUGUUAUUCUAAAGCUUAGAAAACAAACUAGUUACAAACUUUUGGCACUUUCGAUUACUUUUGCAAUUUUUUUUUUGUUUUUGAAUCCAAUUUUUUAUGUAAUUUCUUAUCGUUUUUAAAUAAAAAUUCAUUUCAAAACUCAA